AUGAACAGAAAUCUUCGGCUAGCUAGCAAGGGAAACAGUCAAGAGGUUAGCUCAAAUUAUGUGUCGAAACAGUACGAUGGUAAAAUAGCUGGUUUAUAUGAUUUGGAGGAAACUUUGGGACGGGGACAUUUUGCGGUUGUCAAACUUGCUAGACAUGUUUUCACUGGAGAAAAGGUGGCCGUUAAGGUCAUUGAUAAGAGCAAAUUGGACGAAGUCUCCAAAGCACACCUUUUUCAGGAGGUUCGCUGUAUGAAAUUAGUUCAGCAUCCAAACGUAGUUCGUCUUUAUGAAGUCAUAGACACAGCAACUAAACUUUACUUGGUGCUCGAACUAGGAGACGGCGGCGACCUCUAUGAAUACAUAAUGCGACACGACAGCGGACUGCCUGAAAAAGAUGCCAAAGAAUAUUUUAGUCAAAUUGUUAGGGCGAUAUCGUACUGCCAUCAAUUGCAUGUUGUACACAGGGACCUGAAACCCGAGAAUGUUGUAUUCUUCAAGAAGCAGGGCAUUGUAAAAUUGACAGAUUUCGGUUUUAGCAAUAAAUUUUAUCCUGGUCAAAAAUUAGAAACUUCCUGUGGUAGUUUAGCUUAUUCCGCACCUGAGAUACUUUUAGGAGAUUCAUAUGAUGCACCAGCUGUUGAUGUUUGGUCAUUAGGAGUAAUUUUAUAUAUGUUAGUUUGUGGUCAACCCCCAUUCCAAGAAGCCAAUGAUUCUGAAACUCUCACCAUGAUAAUGGAUUGCAAAUAUGAUAUUCCUUCUCAUGUUUCUCAGAAUUGUCAAAAAUUAAUAUCAAGAAUGUUGUUAAGGAAUCCUGAAAAACGAGCCACCCUCGCCGAAAUAUCAAACCAUCCUUGGCUUGGCAGUAGUAAAACCGUAAAUGUUGACUCAGCACCUUUAGUUUCUAGGGAACAACUUUUGGAAGAGGACCAUAACUUUAUUGUCCAGAAAAUUGUUAAUGGGAAUGUGGCUACCAAGGAAGAAAUCCAAGAAUCUCUAGAUAAAAACGAGUACAAUCACAUAACGGCCACAUAUUAUCUUCUUGCUGAGAGAAAAUUAAGGUACAAAAGGCAAGAACAGGCAGCGAAAAAUAAAAGGCCAGAAGAAUUACCAGUGUUCCAAAAUACUCAGAAUGUCAAAAAAGAUGAUUCGAUGAGCAUCAAGCCAAAUUUGUUAAAUGUUCCUCGAACUCCAGGUGAUGUACCACAAAGAUCCCGCAAGUGUAGCAUAGUCCAAGAAGACGAAGAGGAAGAAGACAUAUCUUCUUGCGGAGUCAGAGAAGAUCUUGUUCCCACUCUGAAUAGGCGCGGGUCGCGUUCGGAGGGGCGCUUGAACUUAACAUUGCAAGAACGUAUAGCCGAAUCGGAAAAAAGAAAACCGCCUGAGUUGAAGUACCCAUCAAGUGCCAAAAAAUCGACGUGCAACAGAAGCCAAAGAACCGAACAACAUAAGUUGCAGUUGGGCGUUUCGAAAAGCGAAACUAAAACGGUGGUACAACCUAUUAUACCUAUAAUUACGACGACGGAAGAGAAAAUCAGUGCAGCUGUCUCCGACUCUGCAAUAGUGGAUGUCGAAAAAAACUCACGACACUUUGUCACUUGCAACCCCAACUAUGAGCGGCGAAGAUCAAAAUUUCACAAAAAUCGCACGGCGUCUUGCAGCUCAUCUGACGCCAGUGACGAUGAUAGCGAGAAGCGUAAAAAGCGAGCUCAAAAACUGAGCACGCCUUCAAAAUCCAUUGAAACGAGGAGGGACAGUUACGAUGACAGCAGCGAUUCACAGGAACCUGGAACGGGCGCUGGAACAAGCGGAUUUAAUUCGUUGAAAAGUGGUGGUGUCGGUUUGGAAAGUAAUAAUACGAAUACAGAUGGAAAAGAGACGAAGGAGAAUGACAAACGGGAGACUUACAAUGAUAAGAAUGAGAAAAAUCACACAAAUACACCCUUUGAGAGGAAUCACAGAAUGUGUAGGAAAAGGAGUAGCAAAACAAGACUGAGAGAAAGCCAAUCUUUGAACAGGAUAACCGAGGUUCAAGAAGACACCCAAACUUUAGUUGUAUCCACCACCCUACUGAGCAUGCCCGGAUCUAUAACUCCAAAAGUUAAAAGCGUCGGUGCAAGAAUACUCAACGGUCUGAGCAGAUCAUCAAAAAAACCGCCAGAAAAAGACAAAUAUAGCGAGGAAAAGUCGAGAACGUCGCGCAGGGACACGACUAGAAAUUUGGAAGAGUGCAAUAAAAUAGAAAAAUGCGGUAUAAGAAAAAUCCGCAUGUUAGGAAAAUACUUUCAUGUACAAAAGAAGAUAUGCAUCCCUUUAGCCGGUUUAUUCAAAAGAAACGGCUUGUAUAAGGCGCAGUCUUGUAGUUCGUUGACCAAAGAUAGAAUUCUGAAUAACUCAACUCUUUUGCAAGCCAGGACUCGACCGGUCAGCUGCAUCAAGAGCGACGGAGACAUCAAUCAAAAUGAACCAUUCAAAACUCACCCAGAAUCAAACAAGAUUGUCCUCGAUGGCGUUUGCAAUGAACUGAGGGAUAUAUGCACAGUGCACGUGCAUAUCGGACAAGCGUCUAAAUGUAGUUUUUGUUAA